ACAAAACAUAACCUAAUAAUUUUCUUCAACAAACAAAAGGAUCUGAAUUUAAAAUAACAACAAAUGGAGUGUUUCAUUUGAAGGUAUCAAUUUCUGAAUUAAUUGAAAAUGAGAUCCAUUCCUAAAUGGGUUGACAAAGUACAUGACCGAGAAAAAAGAACUCAAUGUAUUUUCGAUAUUUGUUUCAAUCCCGAUGGCACUCAACUAAUAGUUGCUGGUGGGGACCAUGUUCUAGUAUAUGAUACAUCAGAUGGAAAUUUAAUUCAAACCCUCAAGGGUCACAAAGAUAAAGUUCACUCUCUAAGUUAUGCAAAAGAUGGAUCUAAAUUCGCUUCAGGAAGUGCGGACAAAACGGUCAUUAUAUGGUCUAAAAAGCUUGAAGGAUUACUCAAAUAUAGUCAUAAUGAUUCAGUACAAUGUUUGGCAUUCAACCCACUCUCUCACCAGUUGGCUUCUUGCACUCUCAGUGAUUUUGCAUUUUGGAGCACUGAACAGAAGGCAGUUCAGAAACAUAAAAUAUAUUCAAGAAUAAACGCAUGUUCAUGGACCAAUGAUGGGCAGUACUUAGCCUUAGGACUUAUGAAUGGUGUAGUUUCAAUAAGGAAUAAGUUAGGAGAAGAAAAGUGUAAAAUUGAAAGGUCCAAUGGUGCAUCAAUAUGGUCUCUUUCAUGGAGUCCUAUAAUAGAUGGUUUGGACACAUUAUGUGUGACUGAUUGGAACAAGAACUUUGCUCUUUACACAUUAGGUGGUAAAUUAAUUGGAAAAGAAAGAAAUUUAGGAUUUGAAGCGCUGAAAGUUAGUUACUUUGCACAUGGUGAAUAUAUACUUAUAAGCGGUUUAAAUAAAGCUAGUAACCUGUAUACUAAGGAUGGUAUCAAAUUAGGAAUGAUUGGAGAUCAACAGACUUCUUGGGUGUGGAGUGGGGCUCCUCAUCCAUCUGGGAAUUAUGUUGCAAUUGGAUGUGAGGAUGGCACUUUGGCAUAUUAUCAAUUGGUUUUCAAUACUGUUCAUGGUUUAUUCAAAGAGAGAUAUGCCUUCAGAGAAAAUAUGACUGAUAUUAUUAUACAGCAUUUAAUCACUGAACAGAAAGUCCGAAUAAAAUGCAGAGAUUUAAUAAAGAAAAUUGCUAUUUAUAAGCACCGAUUAGCUGUUCAACUACCAGAAAGAAUCAUCAUAUAUGAAUUAUUUUCGAAUGAUUCAAAUGAUAUGCACUAUAGGGCCAAGGAAAAAAUCAUGCAAAAGAUAGAUUGUAGUCUCCUGGUUGUCUGUUCAGAGCAUCUGGUUGUAUGUCAGGAUAUGAAAUUGCAAAGUAUGAAUUUCAACGGAACAAGGGACAAAGAGUGGAAUUUCACCAGUUUUGUUAGAUAUAUUAAGGUCACAGGUGGACCUUCUGGAAGAGAAGGUCUCAUUCUUGGAUUAAAAAAUGGUCAAGUUUGGGAAGUGCAUUUAGAUAACCUCCAUCCUCUUCAAAAAGUCAAAAUAAAUAAUCCAGUUCGUUGUCUUGAUUUGAGCUGGAGUAGGGAAAAAUUGGCAGUUGUGGAUGAUUCUGGAUUGUGUCAAGUUUUCAAUGCAACUAAUGGAAGUCUCCUAUAUCAGGAGCCCAACGUAAACAGUGUUGCAUUCAAUAUUCAGUACGAGGAUAUGCUUGCUUUUAGCGGAAAUAACACUCUGGCCAUCAAAGUUUCUGAGUUCAGCCCUUUCAAACAGAAAUUAGCAGGAUUUGUUGUUGGACUUUCUGGAUCUAAAGCAUUUUGUUUGAAUGGUCAAACAAUGACCACCAUUCAGUUGCCGUUAAGUGCACCGAUGUAUCAAUACAUUGAUAAAAAAAUAUAUAGAGAAGCCUACAAGAUUGCCUGUUUGGGUGUUACCGAUGGUGAUUGGGAAGAACUAGCUCAAAGUGCUUUAGAAAAUUUGGAAUUUGAAGUUGCUAGAUAUGCAUUUAUUAAACUGCAAGACUUUCCAUAUCUAGAGCUUAUAGAAGAACUCAGAGAGAAACAAAAAAGAGGUGAAACGAACCGAGAAGCCUUGGUUGGUGAUGUUUAUGCGCAUCAAGGCAAACUCAAAGAAGCGGCUAGAAUGUAUCAAAAGGCUGGCCAAGAACACAAAGCACUCACAAUGUAUACUGAUUUGAGGAUGUUUGAUUUAGCACAGGAGUAUUUGGGUGCAAAUGAUAACACAACUCUUGUACGACAGAAAGCUGAUUGGGCUAGAAAUAUCAAUGAACACAAAGCUGCAGCAGAGAUGUAUCUAUCAAUCGGUGAUACACAAUCGGCCAUUGAUAUUUUUGCCGAAAAGGGUUGGAUAGAACAACUGAUUGAACUAGCAAGAAAAUUGGACAAAGCAGAAAGACCUCAAUUGUUGUCGAUAGCACAGCAUUUGAAAAAUUUGAAACAGUCCACCGCAGCAGCUGAAGUGUAUAGACGUCUGGGAGAUACUUCUGCAGUUCUAGCUAUUCAUGUGGACGCCAAAGAAUGGUCUGAAGCUUUCAAGCUGGUUGAAACUCAGCCAAAUUAUAAAGCUUUAGUUUAUGUACCUUAUGCCCAUUGGUUAGCUGAAAAUGAUGAAUUCGUGAAAGCACAAAAAGCCUUUUACAAAGCUGGCAAGCCUGAUGAAGCCUUCAAAGUGCUACACCAGUUGACUGAAAAUGCUGUGUCUGAAUGCAGAUUCAACGAUGCAGGCUAUUAUUACUGGAUACUUUCGAGACAAUGCUUGAAUUUGGCCAAAAACAAUCCCAAAAAUCAAGACACCUAUCUGAGUCAAUUUCGACAAAACGAGCGGCUAGCUGAUAUCUAUUAUGCCUAUCACUCUCUGCACAGAUAUUUGGAGGAGCCUUUCACUUCUUUCCUUCCUGAGGCAUUGUUCAACAUUGCGAGGUUCUUGAUGAGUGAAACUGUGGAAAGUAAACCAAGUGGAAUUUCGUUGUUCUCUAUCCUUUAUUGCCUUUCAAAGCAAGCACGGAAACUCGGAGCUAACAAAUUGGCAAAACAACUGCUGGACAAGAUCCAGAACCUGAAAAUACCUCGCAAAUUUCAAGAACAAGUUGAAAUAGCCACCAUUUCUGUUAGGGCAAGACCCUUCAACGAUCCUGAGGAAUUGCUUCCGAUGUGUUACAGAUGUUCAACAUAUAAUUCUUUGUCUGCGAUGAGCAAUUCUUGCACAAACUGUGGACAGAAGUUCGUUUAUUCUUUUGUUACGUUUGAGAUUUUGCCCUUGGUUGAGUUUGUGUUGGAAGAUGGUAUACCUGAUGUAGAAGCUGUGAGACUGAUUGAAACACCAGCUCCAACGAAAAACGAUACAGAGAAGGAAACUAUUGAGAAAAAUUUUCAAACUAUGCAGUUUGAAGAUAAGGAGGAGGAAGAGGAAGAUCCUUUCACUUCAAGAAUAGUGAAUUAUGAGAGGAAGAGUGGAGAAUUCAUACCUAUCACCAUAGGUAGAAAAGGACUUCUCUCUAUGGAUACUUCUAGUGUGCUAAUAUCGAAAUGGGGCUCCCCUCUGAGAUAUCAAUAUUUUCGAAACUUAUUGCCAGAUCUGCAAAUUACAAUGUGUUAUUCUUGUUUCAAGACUUUCCACAUAGAUGAUUAUGAAUUACAAAUAUUGCAAAAGGGAUACUGUCCAUAUUGCAGAGCUGCACCUGAACACAUGAUCUCAAAUGAUUCUGAUGACUUUUUAUCGUAGAUUUAGGUUGAUAGUUUUUAUGAGCACUCAACAUUAUCCGUCCACUCAUUGUGAUAAAAUAAUUGUUUAAUAUGCAUAAUAAAAAGUGUUGAUUGUCAA